UCGACAGAUCACUGAUACUGCGCACGGAAAUCCUCUCCGCGAACGAACUAUACCUCUGCCUGCUCGAGCGACCCACCUUGACCACAGCCAAACUUGACUGCAACCACAUCCACCCAAAGCACAUCCACUCCUCGAGCCGCCAAUAUGGACCAGGCACCGGCGCAAGAGAUCGUGGUGGAGAAGACAAAGCAGUGUGAGGGCGCGGACUGUGACAAAGAUGCUGGAACUCUACAAUGUCCGACCUGCCAGAAGAUCGGCAAGGAAUCGUUCUUUUGCAGUCAAGAUUGCUUCAAGAGGAAUUGGAGUACACAUAAGACCAUCCACAAGGCUCAGAACAGUAUGCUUUCCAACAUCAUCACCCCGAGCGUCGUAUCCUUACCAGACGCAGAUGGCCAUUUCAACCCUUUCCCGGCAUAUCCUUUUACUGGACCUCUGCGACCCGUAUAUCCGCUCUCUCCGCGUAGUGCUGUUCCCGACAGAAUAAAGCUUCCGGAUUAUGCGAAGAAUGGCAUCCCGAAAAGCGAACAGACACUCUCACGAAAUCGGAUCAAAAUUUUGAAUAAGGAAGAGCAAGAAGGCAUGCGCAAGGUCUGUCGACUGGCGCGUGAGGUGUUGGAUAUCGCUGCACAGGCAGUCAAACCAGGCGUGACAACAGACCAAAUCGACAAGAUUGUACACGAUGCAUGCAUGGAGCGAGAUUCCUACCCGUCCCCGCUAAACUACUGCCACUUCCCAAAAUCCGUCUGUACCAGCGUAAACGAAGUUAUCUGUCACGGCAUUCCCGACCACCGACCACUCAAAGACGGCGACAUUCUCAACAUCGAUGUGACUCUCUACCACGGCGGAUUCCACGGCGAUCUCAAUGAGACAUACUACGUUGGAGAGUCUGGACAUCUCGACCCGGACAACGUCCGCGUGGUCGAAGCCUCCCGCGAUGCACUAGACGAGGCCAUCAAACAAGUGAAACCAGGUGCUCUCUUCCGCGACUAUGGCAACACCAUCGAGAAGGUCGCCAAGUCACGGAAUUGCCAGGUCGUGAAGACAUACUGCGGUCAUGGCAUCAACCAGCUCUUCCACUGCGCACCAAAUGUGCCGCAUUAUGCGAAGAACAAGGCGUUUGGAGAAGCGAAGCCGGGAAUGUGCUUUACCAUUGAGCCUAUGAUUACAAUUGGUUCGUACAGGGAUAAGACAUGGCCGGAUGAUUGGACUUCGGUGACAUCGGAUGGGUCGCGGACGGCGCAGUUUGAGCAUACUUUGUUGGUUACGGAGACGGGCGUGGAGGUUCUGACGGCAAGGUUUGAGGACAGUCCUGGUGGGAAAGUGCAGAUGCCAGAAGGGUAUGGCAUUGACGGCAAGAAGAUCGAGGCGGCAACGAAUGGAACGAACGGCACGAAUGGUAGCGCAUAGGAUGAACGGUAGCUCAAUGCCACGGUCUGCUGUCAUC